UGGCACGCCGUAACGUAAAGCGAAGCAUCGGUGCCGAGCAACACUCAUUUUACGGCAGCAAGCGCGCUGCACACCAGCGAUAAGCUCUCAGUCGCUUUGCACGUAGAGCUCUCAGAGAGGUUGCUGCAGAGAGCGGAUUGCAAAGCGCCAUGGUCCUGAGGAGAGCGUUCCUCUGCGUCGCGGGCGUGCACGCCCUGCUCGCGCCGCGCGCGCCCAAAACAAGUAUAACGACAAAAGCCACGAUAGCCCCGGCCGAGCGCACGGCCGUCGGCGGCGCCGCGCUCAAGCAAGCUUUUGAUUCCGCCAAAGAUGAUGGGAGAGCCUCGUUAGUCGGCUAUCUGACGGGAGGCUACCCGGCGAAGGAAGAGACCGUAGAUUUGCUCCUAGCUCUAGAAAAAGGUGGUGCCGAUGUUAUUGAAUUGGGAGUCCCAUUUACGGACCCCAUGGCCGACGGCGCCACGAUCCAGGUCUGCAACGAAGUCGCCCUGCAGCAGGGUGUGGGUCUCACCCAAUGCCUGGACUACGUGAAGAAGGCUCGGGAAAGCGGUCUCGAGACCCCUGUAAUACUUAUGGGGUACUAUAACCCCUUCCGAGCUUAUGGGUUGGAGAAGCUCGCGAGCGAUGCGGCGGCUUGUGGCGUGGACGGAUUUAUCAUUGUGGAUUUACCCCCGGAGGAGGCAGCUCUCGAGGGAGUGUUGGAGGCCUGUCAAAAAGCACCUGGCGGCUCUCUGGGCUACGUACCCUUGAUCGCACCGACGACGACCGACGAACGGAUGUCCUACCUCGCGGAUGCGGCCCGUUCGACGGGUGGCGGCAUGCUGUAUUGCGUCAGUGUUACUGGUGUGACCGGGACGCAGUCCGCGACCGUAGCCGAUUUAACUCCUUUCAUGGAGCGCGUCCGGGCGGCGGCGGGCGACGUGCCCGCGGCCGUCGGGUUCGGGAUUUCGACGCCGGACAACGUCCAGUCGUUUGCGCCGCUCGCUGAUGGUGUUGUUGUAGGAAGUGCGAUCAUCCGCCAGAUGGACGCCACGGCGGACCUGAAACCGAAGGACCGCGCCGACAAACUAGCUGACUUUGUUUCGACAUUAUCCGCGGCCACGCGUGCGACGAGACCCGGUCAACCGUCGGGCAAAGCCGCCGAAGCUUCAGGCUUCAAGCAGACCUCAUUACCGGACCAUUUCGGCGCCUUUGGAGGUAGAUAUAUCCCCGAAACGCUGGCGGCGGCCCACGCCGAGCUGGAAGUGGAGUACGAGAAGGCGAUGGCCGACCCCGCGUUCGUCGAGGAGCUCGCGUUUUAUAGAAAACAAUUUAUUGGAGGUCCCACGCCCCUCUACAAGGCUGAACGACUCUCAGAAGCGGUAGGAGGUGCUACGAUCUGGCUUAAAAGAGAGGAAUUAGCCCAUACGGGCGCGCACAAGAUCAACAACGCCGUGGGUCAGGCUCUACUCGCCAAAAGGUUAGGUAAGACCAGGAUCAUCGCCGAGACCGGCGCGGGCCAGCACGGCGUCGCGACGGCGACCGUCUGUGCUUUACUCGGCCUCGAAUGUGUGAUCUACAUGGGCGCCGUCGACUGCGCGCGGCAGUCGCUCAACGUGUUCCGGAUGAAUGUAUUAGGAGGGAAGUGCGUGCCUGUUCGGGCAGGUGAAGCUACCCUGAAGGACGCCAUCAACGAGGCGAUGCGGGACUGGGUGACGAAUGUGAGGGACACGCAUUACCUCAUCGGUUCGGCCAUUGGCCCCCACCCCUUUCCUACGAUCGUGCGGGACUUCCAGGCCAUCAUCGGCAAGGAGGCUCGCGAACAGUACAUGGACAUGAACGACGGGGCCUUGCCCGAUGCUGUGGUAGCAUGUGUGGGUGGCGGGUCGAAUGCGAUAGGUAUGUUCCACCCGUUUACGCAAGAUGACGGUGUCGCCAUUUAUGGAGCGGAGGCCGACGGCGAUAGCACGCAGGGCUCGGCUACUUUAGCAAGGGGCUCGCCGGGCGUCUUGCACGGCACUCGAACGUAUCUGUUACAGGACGAAGAAACGGGCCAGGUCCAGGCCACUCAUAGUAUCUCUGCGGGCUUGGACUACCCCGGCGUCGGCCCGGAGCACGCCUUCCUCAAGGACUCGGGGCGGGCGUCCUACGAGCCCAUCAACAACGACGAAGCUUUAGCGGCCUUCCAGAAAUGUGCUUCUACGGAAGGCAUCAUCCCGGCCCUGGAGCCCAGUCAUGCGGUCGCUCUCGCCAUGAAGGUCGCCAAGCGCCUGGGCAAGGGCAAGAACGUCGUCGUGAACCUCUGCGGCCGCGGCGACAAGGACAUGAUCACCGUCGCGAAAGCCCUCAACGUCGACCUGAACGACUACACGCCCACCGACGGCAAGUGGGAGUCGUUCACGGACCGCAUCACCUACGACGGCAAGGACGCCUAGGGGGUGCCUUUCUCGUUUA